UUGCUAAAUGUCCUCCUGCAAGUUUCCAUUAAAGGUCCAACCUUAGCUGAGGCUGACAACAGAAUUCAACAAGCUACUAAGGUGAAAAUAAUACCUUGCCUUACUUUCCCAUUAGCACACACAUUUUAUAAUGUUCAUGUUGUUGUCUUCCCUUCUGCUUUUGAGAUAUCAUCUUUCAUUGUAGACUUGGCUGACUGACAAGUCCAGGUACAAACUGAAGCAAGUGAACCAGCCACAACAGCCAUCAAAAGAGUAAGUGGAAGAACCACCGCGUGCUGUUUUUUUCUCCGCUAG